AAAUAAUUAGAAAAUAAUACUCCCGAGGUUUUCAUUUGAAUGAUAUCAAAUGUUUCCCUUAUCUUUAUCUCAAGUGAAUUUUGAGCGUUAAAAACUACGUUUAUUGAAUGUGGAAGCAACAAUCAAGUACAUCUAUCCAGCGCUACAAUGUCAUCGUAUCAGUUGAUUCAUGAGCGAGAACGGUUCGAAGCAAUAAUUAGUCCCAGAUAACACUACAAAAAAUUAGUUAUCCUUUUCAAUACACAAUGACGCACUACGCAAGACAUGAUGACUACUUUAUGAAUAAACAAAACGGUGCCUUAACGUCAGACACCGGUCAUAGAUCUUCUGGGGAACCAAUUAGUAGCAGUAGCAUAUAUUACAGUAACACAACACUCCAACAAGAACCAGAACAAGUAUAUAGUGAUACAAUAUUCACAACGGCAGACACAAAUCGCAGCAAUGAAUUUUAUGAGUGUUAUCAAACAAAUACGGAAGAUUACCAGCAGGAAAUGGAAGUACACUCUUCGGUUGACAAUUGGUUUCACAGUAGAGCAUCCAACGAAUACUGUUAUGGUGAGGAGGGAUUUGAGUACGCAGAGUUACCUAAACUUAAGGGAACUUCAGCGAAACUAUUGCCAAUGUUGCCAUUUAAUGAAAAUAUCAAUGGAUCUGGAUCUGAUAUGGAACUAGGGUUGCAAGGAUUCGGUGCUGAGGAUUUGUCGGAAUGCAACCAUGGGCAAAAUACAGUCGCGCCAUACAGCGCGCCCCGGCCGUACACUUCAAUGUUACCAUUAGAUUACAGUGGGUACCAUGAGUGUAACUACCAUUCUGAUAAUCUAUCAACAUAUAGCGAUACACCGCCGAUAAGUAAUUCUCAACUAAAGCUGCAGAAUCAAAGAAAAAUUUCAUUGAUGAUGGCAAUGACAACGGCUUCUGUAAUAGCAUCUGGUGAGACCAGAGUGCCUGUUCACUCUAUGCAUUCAAAGAAAUUGAUGCCAACAGAUUACGGUAAUAAUGGAUUUUUGGCGAAAGAAUGCAGUGACACUGGCCCUCUAGUUGCUUUAAGUGCUAUGACAACGACAACGACGACCACGACGAUUCCACCAAAAACUAGAAAAUUGCCAAAACUUCUACCAACAACGCCGCAUAAUAAAUCAUCACUUCAUACUUCAAUCAUCACAAAUAUUACCGAUGCGACACUCCCUUCCCCACCAUUAUUAAAUUGUACAGCCGGGAAAACUCAUCGGCCCAAGCAACUGCCAAAGUUGCCAACAACAAAAUUUGUAGCCGAAACUAAGAAUUCUAAUUAUCCGACGUCUUCAUCACCUUCAGUUGCACUAUCAUUGAGUCCAUUGGGUGAAAAUACAACAUCUCCACUAGUUGCGCCAAGAGUUUCUGAAACAAAAGCGUUUCACGAAGAUAAUAAAGUAGAUUCAUUCCCCGAUCGAUGUUCACCAGUAAAGCUUCCAUUAAAUUGUAUAAACCAGGAUCUAGAAACUGAUGAAAAUGAGAAACGCUAUUCAUCAGAUCUAGAUAUUGACAGAAAAGUGUAUUUAGAAAUUAAAACGUCAUCCCAGUCUCCUCCUAAAGAGCCUUCAUAUUUGAAAUCUGAAUCAGAAGCUUUAUUUAACAUAUCUGAUUAUCUUCAGCCUUAUACAUAUUUCGACACAACUAAAAAGCACCCUAUUGUUAGCAAUACGACUGCCAGUACUUCGAUCAUUAAUGAAAAGUGCUCAAAUAGUGAAGAGCUGAUCAGCAGUGUAGGCGAUACUGCACUAUUGAUGGAGUUUAAAACAAGCAAUUACCAAAACUCAGAAUUCAAACCAACGACCACAAUUGAAAGUGAAUCUUCAAAGCUGUCGUCUAGUAGUUACCUCAUUAAUCCAGAUUUUGCUAAUUCAACAAUCAAAAGUACUCCUCAUGAAGUAGACACAACAAAUUGUAAUAGCUCUUACAACACGUUGACACCAGAAAUUUCAACAGAUUUGACAACUAUCAAAAAUGAGAUACUGCUGCCAUCCUUAAGUUAUCAAACAGAGACAGUGUUGCCAUCUAUGAAUAAUCAGACGGAGACUGUAAUACCACAGAUAAAAACACAAACAGGAAUUGGGUUGCCAAGCCACGAUGCCUCCCCUUCGCCAUCAACGUUAACAUUAACAUCCCCCAUUUCAUCGAUAAUAGGACCUCCUAUAGUCUCUUAUACCGAUUAUAUGAAACAAUUUGAUUUACCAGAUUUGCCACAGCCAAUUGUGGAAUUGGAAACGUGUGGAAGUGAUAUCGCUAAAUCAUUUACUUUUAUCACUGAUACCGAUAGCAAAACAACCAACAAUACAACUUGUAAAAAAGAAUUAGAUGAAAAUAUUGAGAUGGUGCCAGUGCCUUCAUAUCUAACAGAAUUUUCUUUAUAUGAAUUGCCGAGUUUUCCAACAACCAUCAACGAUAUCGCACCAAUUGACAUAGUAUAUUCAGUAGACUCUCCAACAAAUCUUACCAAUUAUGUUUCAACAACUGAGGAAGCGUCAGCUAACAACAUUCAAUCUUCAGCAUUCGAUGACACCUUCUAUGACACUUUUAACGUUGAUAUCAAAGAACUGACUGCCUCUGUUGGAAAUAUUCAAACAGAAACAGAUAUUCUUACGACAAAUAUGGAUAAUAAAAGUUUAUCAUCUGUAGAUCAUAAGAGCAGUAACGCAAACAUUGAUUUAAAUCAGAACCUUAAUAGCUCAGGACUUGGUGGUUAUUACAAGCCAUCCUCCCAGACGCAACAAACAGCAAAAGGAAUGGCUUCUACGGCAACAAGUGUUCUCGGUGGCUUUUCUAAAGGCAUUAAAGGUGGAUUAGAUGGCGUUUUCAGUGGUGUCAGUUCAGGCACUAUUGAAGGAUAUAACACUAAGCAGCAGCACACCAACAAUUCCAAAAAAGGGUUUGGUUUUAAUUUGGCAUCAAAACUAGUGCCUAGUGUUGGGGGAUUGCUUUCCAGUUCGGGUUCCAAAGUACCCUCAAAAGCUGAAACGGAAACGGAAUCGACUUUUCUUGCUGAAAAUGUUACUCAUCUAGACACCAGUUCUUCUUCUUCAAAUAUUUAUGAGAAUACAGAACAAGAAAGUUCCAUAAUGACGCAAGAGGCUUCUUUCUACAAAGAUCAACGAUCAUCAUCAAUUGUGCCAAUAAAAAUGCCAAUCUGUGAAAAUUAUAAUGAAUACAAUGAUGACGAUUUGAAUUUAAAUAAUGAAAUUAUGAGUAUGGGAAUGUACGACCAUGAAACUGAAUAUGUUAUAAGGGAAGAACAGGAUCCCUCCAUAAUCGAAGUAUCGAGCAGAGAUAAUGGAUAUUAUAUAUCCCAGACUAAUAUUACAAAUGAAACAAAUUUGGUUAUUGAACCAUCUAUUAUCCCUGAGUCAACGGAAAAAAAAGGAGUUAUUAAAUCUGUUGGAAUGUUCGGCUCCAUUUUAACUAAGGCCGCUGCAGCCGUACAAUCAGCAACGCAAGCUGUCAAUCAGGGUGCAUCAUCAGUUGCAUCAGCUGUAACGCAAAAACCGUCGACAACAAACAUAACAUUGCUCACACCAGUUAACAAUCCAAACUGUUUGGAAAGUUCCUCCUCUAAUACAAAUUCCGAAGCCAAAUUUGAAAGUUACGGUUAUAACUAUCAGCAGAGCAAUCAAGAUACAACCUUGUCAAGCUGUCAUUACUCAACCACUGGCGAUGAUUAUGAGAACAGUAAUGUGAAAAUACACGAAUAUAGUAAUAAUAGCACCUAUAGUACAGAAUUUAAUGAACCAGUCUCAAUCCCCUACCAUGUUAAUGGUAAUCAGAGUACAAAAAUCCUUCCAACGGUGCCGUUAGCGGGAGCCACUGGCAAAAAACUGCCCACUAUCAAUGGUAAAUCGGGACUUAUGCUAAUGAAACAAAUGCCAACGGAGAUCUAUGACGAUGAGUCCGAGACUGACGAUGAACUAUUAGAUCAGGUUGCAAUUCGAUCAAUGAAUUCGGAACCGAAUUAUCUUAUUGAUAGUGGGCAGAAUGAUUACUAUAUGGAUCUUCAGCAGACGACACCGUCUUCGAAUCAGGGUCAAGGCUUGAACGGUUACUAUGAGCAUGUCAACAAUGGUUAUGACUAUCGCGAGGACUACUUUAAUGAAGAAGAUGAAUACAAGUACCUUGAGCAAGAACAGCUAAAACAGAAUCAGCCAAAGACCAAGAAUGAUCAAGCACAACAACAGCAGCAAUUAUCAUUAGAUUUCACUGACGAAGAACAUCGACGGGACAAUAACGACGAUGACUUCAUUUACGAUAACGAAACCUACCAUAGCGAAGAAGACAGCGGCAAUUAUCUAGACGAAAGCUCUAGUGGUAGCGUUGGUCCUAUCCAAAAUCGGCAACUAAUAAAAAUGGAAGUUCACCAAGACUCUAAUGUAGAGUCGCCCAUAUCUAAUUCUGCCAGUAUCCCUGCUGCCCCAAAUAUAUCUCUCCACAAACAAGAUAGUAUUAUAAUUGAGAAUGAUCAUGAUGAGCAAGCCAGCUUUAUGAAUGAACCAGACCUCAUAGAACGAGAUGAAGAAUUAAGCGACCAGUUGACCGAUCUCACUGACUUAAAUAAGAGAAUGCCGCAAAAGAAGAAACCUCUACUGCUGCGCGGUGAAACCGAAGAAGUUGUGAGCGGACACAUGCAGAUGAUCAGGCAAUCAGAAAUUACAGCGAAACAACGAUGGCACUGGGCUUAUAAUAAAAUUAUCAUACAACUAAAUAAUGGCGGCGGAAGUGGAGAAAUGGGAAUACGUACCAAUGGUCACCCCGGUGAUAAUCCGUUUUAUAGCAAUAUUGACAGUAUGCCAGAUAUACGGCCUAGACGUAAAUCUAUACCUCUUGUUUCGGAACUGGUUCUGAAGACGAUGGCUGCUACAAAGCGAAAUGCAGGACUCACAUCAGCUGUUCCCCGCGCCACGCUCAAUGACGAAGAAUUGAAAAUGCACGUAUACAAAAAGGCACUCCAGGCCCUCAUCUACCCCAUAUCCUCGACAACGCCCCACAACUUUCUGUUAUGGACUGCAACGUCGCCAACUUACUGCUACGAGUGCGAAGGACUACUGUGGGGCAUAGCACGCCAAGGUGUCCGAUGCACCGAAUGCGGCGUGAAGUGCCAUGAGAAGUGCAAGGACCUCCUGAAUGCUGAUUGCCUGCAGCGCGCUGCCGAAAAGAGCUCAAAGCAUGGUGCCGAAGACAAAGCCAAUUCUAUAAUUACCGCAAUGAAGGACCGCAUGAAGCAGCGAGAGCGAGAGAAGCCUGAGAUAUUCGAACUGAUUAGAGCCGUAUUCAGCGUAGAGGAGAAGAGUCAUACCGGCCAUAUGAAGGCGGUUAAGCAAAGCGUAUUGGAUGGCACGAGCAAAUGGUCUGCCAAGAUAGCAAUCACAGUGAUUUGUGCUCAAGGCCUGAUAGCGAAGGAUAAAAGCGGUACCAGUGAUCCAUAUGUGACGGUGCAGGUUAGCAAGGUGAAAAAAAGAACGCGAACUAUGCCGCAGGAACUAAAUCCUGUGUGGAACGAGAAGUUUCACUUCGAAUGCCAUAACUCCUCCGAUCGCAUUAAAGUGCGUGUUUGGGACGAAGACAACGAUCUUAAGUCGAAGCUUCGUCAGAAAUUAACUCGCGAAUCGGAUGAUUUUUUGGGUCAAACUAUAAUAGAAGUGCGGACGUUAUCUGGCGAAAUGGAUGUAUGGUAUAAUCUGGAAAAGCGUACUGAUAAAUCUGCGGUAUCCGGGGCGAUUCGACUUCACAUAUCGGUGGAAAUCAAGGGGGAAGAAAAGGUUGCUCCGUAUCAUGUUCAAUAUACCUGCCUGCAUGAGAACCUCUUUCAUUAUCUUUGUGAGGAAAACACGGGAAUGGUCAAGUUGCCGACGCAAAAAGGAGACGAAGCAUGGAAACUAUAUUUUGAUGAAAUUCCCGAAGAGAUCGUAGACGAGUUUUCGAUGCGGUACGGCAUCGAAAAUAUCUAUCAGGCAAUGACGCAUUUCCAUUGUCUUUCGGCGAAAUAUCUAUGUCCCGGAGUUCCGGCUGUGAUGAGCACUUUGUUGGCCAACAUAAAUGCAUAUUAUGCUCACACGACUGCCUCUUCAGCUGUUUCUGCUAGUGAUCGAUUUGCAGCAAGCAAUUUUGGGAAGGAGAAAUUUGUCAAGUUAUUGGAUCAAUUGCACAAUUCUCUUCGCAUCGACUUAUCUAUGUACAGAAAUAACUUUCCCGCAUCAAGUCCUGAAAAAUUAAUGGACCUCAAGUCUACAGUUGAUUUACUGACCAGUAUUACAUUCUUCCGCAUGAAGGUACAAGAAUUAUCCAGCCCGCCAAGAGCCAGUACAGUGGUAAAAGACUGUGUCAAAGCCUGCUUAAGGUCUACAUAUCAAUUUCUAUUUGAGAACUGCUAUGAGUUGUACAACAGAGAGUUUCAGGUUGAUCCUAACGAAGCAAAGCGUGCUCCGGAUGAUCAUGAGCCUAAACUGGAUAGCGUCGACUUCUGGCACAAGUUAAUAGCUCUGAUCGUGUCGGUCAUUGACGAAGACAAGAACAGUUAUGGCACUGUCUUAAAUCAAUUUCCGCAAGAACUUAAUAUUGGCCAGUUAUCAGCAUCUUCAAUGUGGCAUCUCUUUGCCGUGGACAUGAAGUAUGCCUUAGAGGAGCACGAACAACAUCGCUUGUGCAAAUCGUCGGCCUAUAUGAAUUUGCAUUUCCGGGUAAAAUGGCUCUACAGUAACUAUGUUAAAGAGGUGCCACCCUAUAAGGGGGCUGUACCUGACUAUCCCGCCUGGUUCGAGCCAUUUGUAAUGCAAUGGCUUAAUGAGAACGACGAUGUAUCAUUGGAAUAUCUUCAUGGCGCUUUCAAGCGAGACAAAAAAGACGGGUUUCAAAAGAGCAGCGAACACGCGCUUUUUUCAAAUUCGGUUGUCGACGUUUUCACACAAUUGACGCAAUGUUUCGAUGUUGUUAGCAAACUCGAGUGUCCUGAUCCAGAAAUAUGGAAACGUUACAUGAGGCGUUUUGCUAAAACAAUCGUAAAAGUGCUAAUUGCAUAUGCGGAUAUUGUUAAAGUAGAGUUUCCCGAUCAUAUGAAAGAUGAAAGAAUCGCCUGCAUUCUUAUGAACAAUAUUCAACAACUAAGAGUGCAGUUGGAGAAAAUGUUCGAGUCCAUGGGUGGCGAUAAGCUUGAAGAGGACGCAGCUAACAUUCUGAAAGAAUUGCAACAGAAUCUAAACUCGGCACUGGAUGAUUUGGCUUCACAAUUCGCCAUCAGUUUGGAGCCCCGCAUUACGCAAUCUGUUCGUGAACUUGGGGAUAUGUUACUCUCUAUCAAGGGAGGCAGUGCCUUGGCCCCCGGCAACCAAGCGGCACAACGAAACGCCGUCGCCGUGGAGGCCGAUGAGGUGUUAAGGCCACUUAUGGAUUUACUGGACGGCUCUCUAACUCUCUAUGCACAAUCGUGUGAGAAAACCGUACUGAAGCGAUUACUGAAGGAACUAUGGAAGAUUGUGAUGCGAAUAUUGGAGAAGACCAUUGUCCUGCCACCGAUGACUGAUAAAACGAUGAUGUUUAAGCACCUCACGGACAAUGCAAAGAAUCUGGCAUCUAAUGCCAAAAUCGAGGACAUGGGCAGAUUGUUCAAGUCUCAUAUGGCGGGUAAACAGGACGUUAAAAGUGCGCUUAGCGGUGUUAUGGACAUAUCAAAAGAAGUGGAAAAAAACUUAUCGCCAAAACAGUGUGCCGUGCUAGACGUUGCCUUAGAUACAAUUAAACAAUACUUUCACGCCGGUGGCAAUGGACUGAAAAAGACAUUUCUUGAAAAAUCAUCCGAACUGCAGAGUCUGCGUUACGCACUCAGCUUAUACACGCAGAUGACAGAUACUUUGAUAAAGACGUUUAUAUCCAGUCAAGUUCAUGAGGUUGAUCCUGAAAACGCCGAGGAGAGUGUUGGCGAAAUUUCCGUUCAAAUCGACCUAUUCUCGCAUCCAGGCACCGGGGAGCACAAAGUGAACGUUAAAGUGGUGGCUGCCAACGAUCUGAAGUGGCAGAUACCGUCGGGGAUGUUCAGGCCAUUUGUGGAAAUAAACCUCAUUGGGCCGCAUCUGCAGGAGAAGAAGAGGAAGUUCGCCACCAAAUCGAAGUCAAACAAUUGGUCGCCCAAGUACAACGAGUCAUUCAGCUUCACCAUUGGCAACGAGGAGCAGUUAGAUUUCUUUGAGUUGCACAUAUGUGUGAAGGACUACUGCUUUGCUCGCGAUGAUCGACUUGUAGGGGUUGCUGUUAUUCCCCUUAAAGAUAUUUCGGAAAAGGGUUCUGUGGCCUGCUGGUUGCCCUUGAUGCGACGCAUUGAAAUGGAUGAAACGGGCUGGACUAUUUUGAGAAUAUUGUCACAACGUAAUAACGACGAAGUCGCGAAAGAAUUCGUUAAACUCAAAUCGGAAAUACGACAAGAGCCAACAAUGGGGACAUAAAUAGUCCGUCUGGAUUGCUCUUUUUCUGUAAACCUCGGAAUCAUUCCUUUUUUUAUAGUUGCUUUUUAAUUUUAGUUUUCAUUUAAUAUUCUGAUUACAAAAACUAACCUAGCUAAAUCCAAUUGUAUGCAUACACAUAUGUACAACCAUAACACACCAAUUUAUAUACUUCCACAACAAUUUUGGGACCAGAGCUGGCGAAACAUCAAUAAUACUCUCCAUAACAGCGAUGCUGUGGUUUUGGUCACUUUAAUACCAAAGCAGAAAAUAUAUAUUUCUACAUAAAUA